UGUUGCGGGGUUUCUAUUUCCCUUAGGGCAUUCUCAUGAUUGCAAUUUCGCCGGAGGCAGAAUUGGAAAGUGGAGGAAAACUGCAUUAGAAGGAGGCCCAACUGUAGGGCGAAGGCUGAGAUCUAAAAUCCCGACUAGAGGACUGAGCAGCCUUCUGGCCUCCUGACCCAGACACGGACCAGGGGGUGGGGAGGAGCAAGGCGGGCAGCAGGACCCCGAGCUGCGCCUCCCUUCAGUCUCAGUGGCUGUGGCCACCCGCCAAGAGUUAGAUGCUUUCAUGAUCCGGAAAUGAUGAAAAAAGAAAGAAAGAAAGAAAAGUGUUUCUGAAGUGUGGGUCGUCUGUUAGUUGUGUCAAAAGGGGUGUAAGCUCUAUAUUUCUUGGUGAGAGACUGGCAGAUGUCCCAAGUGGGAGAAUCUCUUCCUUCUCGGCCUGAAGGGCCAAAGCGUGGAGCUGAGUCUGAAAGCAGAUUUUUGAUCUCACUCCCUGGGGAAAAAUGUGACCAAGACAAUACAGAGAGAGCUAUCACACCACCUACCAAUAGUCUAUUUAUGCAUGGAGAGAAUCAAGACCAGUCCAUCUGGGGAAAUCGUUCAGAUGGAGAUCUCAUCAGAACACAACCUCAGCGCUUGCCUGAGCCCCAAACUUCAGCACAAGAACAAAGUGAGGAAGAAAUGGGCAAAAUAAAGAAUAGCCAUACAAAUAUGAGAAAUGGAAAUGGAAUUCACAAUGGGGUUAGACAUGUAUCUAUGGAUAACAGAAAACUUUCUGCACCUGUUUCACAAAAAAUGCAUAAAAAAAUUCAGUCCAGCUUGUCUGUAAACAGUGAUAUGAGCAAGAAGAGUAAAGUAAGCGCUGUGUUUUCUCAGAAACCAGGUUCAUCUCCUGAAGAUUGUUGUGUUCACUGUAUCCUGGCCUGCUUGUUCUGUGAGUUCCUGACCCUCUGCAAUAUCGUAUUAGGACAAGCAUCAUGUGGCAUCUGUACAUCCGAGGCCUGCUGCUGUUGCUGUGGUGAUGAAGUAGGAGAUGACUGUAACUGUCCUUGUGACAUGGAUUGUGGCAUAAUGGAUGCCUGUUGUGAAUCAUCAGACUGUUUAGAAAUCUGUAUGGAAUGCUGUGGAAUUUGUUUCCCAUCGUAAAUAUUUAUCCUUUAUUUUAUUUUGUUCAAAACUGGAGUUUUUGUUGUUGCUGUUUUUUCUUUUUAAAAUUCUCCUAAGAGGAAAAAAGCAUUGCAAGAGUCUCAUGAAACAACCCAGUUACUUGAACUGUUACUACCCUCUUUUUAAAGAAUAUUUGAAAACUCCAUAUCAUAACCAAAUGUAUAUGGUUUUAUGUGUGAAAUUGUAAUUACUUUUUUUCUUUAAUAGGUUGCUUUAACUAAUGGGAGAUUUUGAAAAAAAAAACAUACAUAUUCAUUUUUCUCCUACUUCCUAACUAGAUUUGUGAUAAUCAUUCCUGGAAGCUUGCUUGCUCCAAACACAGUUAUUUCUAAAUGAGUAUUUAAAAAAAAGAAAAUUUAUUUUUGUUAUUUGCCUACUAAUGCUUAAAACGAACUGUUCUUUAUAGUUUAAAUUAGAGAGAACAAACUCAAAGCUGAAUUAAAAACAAAAUUGUGGGAAGUCAGGUCUCAGAGGCUUUCCACAUUUGUUACUUGAAGAAUUUAGUUUCAUACUAGACUUAAGAAGUUAAGAUGAAAAUUCUGUACUCUCAAUGAGUUACAAUUAAAUAUACAUAGCCAUUUUAAAGCCGUAAGAAAUACAAUAUUUAGAAGAAAAAACCAUGUUGGUUAAGACUUGCCAAAAUGUGUAUUUUGUUAUAGCUGAUUAUAAUAUUUUUAGUUUCAUUAUGAGGUUUUAUGUUGAUCAAAGUAAAAAGUUAUGAAGCUGAUACACUAUAUUCAGAGUGGGGAAAUGCCAGCACCAAAAUGAGGAACAGUAUUAAUAAAUUUGUGGUUUAAUUUGAAACUGCUAUCUUUUUGUGGGUAUUUGCAAUUUUGGAAUUGUUUUGAUUUCUGUUGGAAUUUAACCAGUUUUAAAACAACAGAUUACAUAAAUGGCAGUUAUUAUAAAUCAUUCCUUAACAUUGCAAUGAAAAUUCUUAUUUCCACCAAUGUGACUUGACUAGAUUUCAAGAUUUCCAGUCUUGAAAUUAACCAAAUCAUCAAUUACAUAAUACUACAUGUUUGCCUUAUGUAUUAGGAAAGUAGGAAAAGACAAGAAGAGUUCUAGAUGAUUUGAAACUUGCAACAUUUGCAUCUGUUUUGUUAGAAUGUUUCCCUACUAUGUGUCUCCUACUGUGUUUUGAUUUUUUCCAGAUUGUAAUUUUUUUAGAGAUUAUGGAAGUACAAUUUUAGAUUGAUAUUUCUUGCUAUGUAUCUAAUUUAUUGCUCUCCUUGUUCCCAUUCCCUGCUGUUGUCCUUUAUAAUUGAAAAGGACCAAAAUGACUUCGCAAUGUCAGGAUCAAUGUAUGGCAUAUCUGACUCUGGCUGAUCAAACUAAUUAACUAUCCCCUUUCCAGACAUCUUUUAGCAUAAACUUUUUAAAAAAGACAUGCAACAUUAGUCUUGGAAAUGCAUGACAUAGGUUCCAAGUUCAGAAGUGCCUUCUGUUACCAUAUCCCUUGUAUGAAACAUAAGUUAUUUUAUGUAUUGUUGUUGCUGCUUAGUCAUGUCCUAUUCUUUGUGACACCAUGGAUUAUAUUGUUCGUGAGGUUUUUUUUGGCAAAUAUACUGGAGGGGUUUGCCAUUUCCUUCUUCUAUUGAUUAAGGCAAAUAGAAAUUGAAUGGCUUGCCUAAAAUCACACAGCAAUAAGUGUUCAAGGCUGAAUUUGAACUUAGAAGUCUUCCUCGCUCAGGCUAGCACUCUAUCCAAUGAGCCACUUAGCUACCUUAUUUCAUGUAUUACAGAACUUAAACAAAACAGCAACAACAAAAUGUUUUCACUCCUACUUGUGGUGCAUUUUACAAACUGAGGACUUUUGCGCUAUUGAAUUUAAAAUAGUGUUAAUAAAUAUCCCAUUUCCUUCUCUUUCCUAAAGAAUGCCUACAAAUAUAAGAGCUUUGUAGUAUUUUAUACAUAACCAGAAUCUCAAUAUUUAUAUGUACCCAAACCUAACAUUCCAUAUACUCACUAGAUAUAUGAAACAUUACAAAUUAUGAGUAUCAUCUGUAUAGACAUAGAAAGUCUCAUAAUGACCUGGAAUUAUCAGAUUAUUUCACUUUAUCCUGAAAAUAAUUUUUGAUUGAGUGCUGUCUGACAUUUAAGUGUAUUCUGCAAUUUUCUUUAGAAAUAUCAGCACUUUUGUAAUAUAUGUCUCUGUAGCAGAGAAUUGUUAGUGGAAUAGGGGGAUUUCGUUUUUAUAUUCUCAAAAUUCUCUUUUGUCUACUUUAGACAAUAAUUUUGUAAGCACCUUGCGUAAUAAAAACAAAGCAGAAAUAAAAGUGGACAAAUGUGAACUUGUAGUCUUGAACACCAGUUUCAGAAUUUCUAUGUACAAAAUAUUCUGUUGAAAACUAUGGAAAUUGUGAUUGUUCUAUAUUUUACAGUUAAAAGUUUUUUUUUUUUGGGGGGGGGAUUCUAAUUCCCUUUCUUAAAAAAUUGGUAAUGUGGUCUUUGAAUUUUAUAUUAACUGGAUCUUGUAUUAUCCUAAAGAACACUAUUUUGAAAUUAAAGAAACAACAGCUUUA